CUCCUGCAUACGUGGUUAUCUACAGUCACAGAUGUGCUGUUUGUGUUCAGGAGAAGCAUAGUAGCAUCCCUCUCAGAGGAGCAUUGCAGCGAGAGCUCCAGUGAAAGUGAGGAGGAAGAGGAGCAGACAGAGCGACGUCCUGACACCAGCACUGAACUGCAGUCUGAAUACUGGCAGGUCCAGAAACUCGUGAAGUACCUCAAGUGUGCAGAGGACAAACUGACCCGGGAUCUGGUCCGCAGCCACCACGGCCUGCAGCCUCUGGUGUCACUGCUCUCUAAAGCAGAGAACAAGCAGCUCCUGGCUGCUGCCACCGGGGCCAUUUGGAAGUGUUCAAUCAGCAUGGAGAACGUAGCUAUCUUCCAGGAGUACAAAGCUCUGCACAUGCUGAUUGGUCUGCUGACUGAUCAGCCUGAAGAGGUCCUGGUCAAUGUAGUGGGAGCUCUGGGACAGUUUGCUCAGAUCCAAGCUAACAAGGCCGCCAUCUGCAACGGUGGGGGCAUAAGGGCUCUCAUUAAUCUGCUCAAUGGAACAAACCAGGCUCUGCUUGUAAAUGUAGCAAAGGCUGUGGGAGCUUGUGCCACAGAAAGGGACAACGUGGCAAUCAUUGACCAGCUUGAUGGAGUCCGCCUGGUUUGGUCACUACUAAAGAAUCCCAAUGCAGAAGUUCAGGCUAGUGCUGCAUGGGCCAUUUGUCCGUGCAUCGAGAAUGCAAAGGACGCCGGGGAAAUGGUUCUCUUCCUGAUCGGUGGACUGAAGCUGAUCAUUCAGUUACUGAAGUCACCAAGCAACGAGGUGCUGACAAGCAUUUGUGCCGUCAUUGCCAAGCUAGCCAAAGACAAGGAGAUCCUGGGCGUCCUCUCUGACCGCGGGGUUGUCCCUCUGCUGGCCGGGCUGACUAACACAACUGAUGACAGACUCCGCUGCCACCUGGCCGAGGCCAUCGGCCACUGCUGCAUGUGGAGCUCCAAUAGGGCAUGCUUUGGUGACCAUGGAGCCGUUGGCCUUCUGGUUUCUUACCUGGAGUCGAACGACAAUUUGCUCCUCCUUAACACAACCAUGGCCCUGUACCAACUGUCCAAAGACCCCAACAACAUCAUCACCAUGCAUGAGGAAGGAGUCGUUGAGCCACUGGUCAAGCUCAUAGCUUCUGGUACCGACGAGAUCCAGGAGUUUGCUGCUGGAUGUGUGCGCAACAUCCGUCUGCUGGUGUUGGCCAAUCAGAGGGCUAUUUAUUGAAACGAGAGCAGCUGAUCUCAGCUGAAGCCCUGGAAAUCCACCAGAGACUGUAGGAAAGGUAUGAGGGUGGUGAGCAGGACGUGAUGAGUCCAGAUGGCCCAAAUGUCAGGAAUCAACAAAGGACAUGAUGCAGAUAAAAAAGUGAAUAAAGUAAAGGACUUUUUGAAAGAAUUAUUUGGAAUCUUGUCAAGUUCAUCUGAGCAAAAUCAACAUUACUGACCUUAUCAUGUGUCCCUUAGAAAGCUAACUACAGACUGUUUUGAAGGGGAAAUAUGAUGUAAAAUCGACUUUUCUGAGCUUCAUGUUAUGCUAUUUCCUUAUCAAAGUGUUGCCUUGAUUCUUUCAUGCAUAUUUGAGAAAUCCUUUAAUCUCCCGUGGCAACCAAUCAGCUGUGCGGAUCAUCUGGCUGGACCUAGCCCCGCCUUCGAGGCGCAGCUCCUUCUCAGAGCUGCAGUUUCCAAGCUUCCCAGUUUCUGCCUAACAGCACCAUUCCUCUGUGAGUUCCCUUCAGCUCCUCCAGACUAGCCAGCAGCAAUUAGCAAGGACCUGAUGGAACUGCAUAUCUACUGAAGUUAUUACACCAGCUACUUCCGACUCCCCUUAUGAAUGUAUAUGUGUGUAUGUAUAUAUAAACAACUGAGGUUAACAUAGAAACUUGAUUGUGCUGCAAAAUGGCACCAUGUGCCUGAGAAAUACAUAAUAAUAACCCUUUAAAUGUUUCUUUGACAAAAGAGGAAACGUUGCAAAAAGCUGCACAAGUGUUUCAGAUCUGCUCUAUUAGAUAAUCUGAGAGGAAACAAAUGAAAAGUUUGAUCUGUGUUGAUGAGAGAACAUUUAUUUGUCCUCUUGCUUCUGUUUACCUGGAAACUUUCAUCUUGAGCUUCUUGUUUCUGUCAAUGACAUCAUCACAAGUUCAUCCAAACAAACCCUUCUCUUGCUCUCCUUCAGUCUGGAAGCUAUGAUGAUCAAAAUAAAGAUUAUUUUUGAUGCUU